AUGAAUCAAGAUUCAAGUGGACAAACUGGAUGGUUGUUUUAUCUACAUUCGAAACUUGGCAUUAAAGAUAAUAAAUACUUAUCGGUUUUAAACUACUCAUUAAUAUACGUCAUUUCAUCAUCAUCAUCAUCAUCAUCAUCAUCAUCAUCAUCAUCAUCAUCAUCAUCAUCAUCAUCAUCAUCAUCAUCAUCAUCAUCAUCAUCAUCAUCAUCAUCAUCAUCAUCAUCAUCAUCAUCAUCAUCAUCAUCAUCAUCAUCAUCAUCAUCAUCAUCAUCAUCAUCAUCAUCAUCAUCAUCAUCAUCAUCAUCAUCAUCAUCAUCAUCAUCAUCAUCAUCAUCAUCAUCAUCAUCAUCAUCAUCAUCAUCAUCAUCAUCAUCAUCAUCAUCAUCAUCAUCAUCAUCAUCAUCAUCAUCAUCAUCAUCAUCAUCAUCAUCAUCAUCAUCAUCAUCAUCAUCAUCAUCAUCAUCAUCAUCAUCAUCAUCAUCAUCAUCAUCAUCAUUAAUUCAUAUUUCUAAAUUGAUUGUACUGCAAAUGUAA